AUGCGGCUGCACACACAGGAGAAACCAAACAAUCAACGUGCAGUACCGGUCCCGGAAACCGCUUCUGUUGGAGUGGGUCCCGGUGUACGCAACGCUAACCAUAAUGUAACACUUUCGGAGUUUUCCACCUUUCAUAUCACUCCCCUGGCUGCACGUGAAGGAUCAGUCGAGCGGGAUAUUCGCACUAAUUCCCGUGGUUCUACAUCCGGUCCCAACACAUCCUGUGCAACUAUCCCGUCUGGUGCAAAUUCAAACCCCUUAGCACCAAGUGAGAAGAACGGGCAAAAAUCAACUGGUCAUCAUUAUCCGGUGGCUAAAGGAGCUACAAGACGUGGUUCGAAACACAAAACAAUGCAAAAUUCGAUCCGUCCAAUGGAGCAAAGUUUUAGCCCACCAUUACGCUCAAAUCAAGCCACCAAAACUUGGCAUACCUCCGGUAGAUAUAAUAAGUAA